AUGGUGCCGACGAAGGCUGGGGAUUGGGAGACGUUUGUCUCUGUCAGUGAGAUCAAGUUUGACGGCAUCCAGAAAUAUUGUCAGUUUUGGUUUAGGGAAAUUUUGCGUGGUCAGUGCAACUUCCGGUGGCGGCUUCCCUUACGCAGCGGCGUUCCUAGCGGCCCAACCCAGCAACGCUGCAAUCAGUACUCCGCCCGUGCUGCGAAAGUUCCUAUCGCCGGUCAGCGUUGUUCCACGGUCCUCCCACGCGAGGAAAGUCCGAAGGAUCGGCUGCUCAUCAUGUCCCUUUCCAAGCAUUCGUCUUCGAUUGCUGCGGCAAUGCUGCCCCAACUGGUAGUGGAAAUCGGGUGCACCAUCGGAGGGAUCCGGGAUUGCGGCUUGGGGAAGGCUACAAAUCGCAGGUCGGGAGUUGGGAAGUCGACCACGGCAUAUGUGCCGUCCACCGGUGACAUUUACUUCAGUUACAAAAGACAUCGAUUCACUCGUAAUCCUCAUCAGCUCCGAGUAGGCCUAGCCGUCGCUGUCGCUGUUUUACCUCUUGUAGAGGAUUCGUUCGUCGCAAAAGCCGGGCACAACCGUUGGCAUAUCAGAGAGUUGAACCUUCAUCAAUUCCCCAGACUUCAAGUUCCAGUGUCGUCUUGCACGCACCCGGAGGACGAAAAGCGUCCUUGGAUCGAGCUUCAGCAGCCCGCCCGUCACAUCUGUGGCCGUCGACUGCUUACCACAAGGCUGUCUGUCCUGUAUCCGGCCGGCUGCACAGAUACGGUUGUAGAGGAGAAGCUGACGAAAGAACCGCCGGUGUCGUUUUUCUUGCGGCCAGCCCAGGCCUUUGACGUUCCAAGCAACUCGCCCAGGAUUCGGCUUAGCUGCACCCCAGCCCCAGCGACUGCAGAAGAGACGGAGGGUGCAGCGAGCCUACUGCAAUUGCGAGGUCUUUCAGUCAAAGUGUUCGAAAUUGUCAACGAUUACAAGCCAUCGGGCGAGCAUACACCGGACCGACUGUAUCGAAGUACGAAAAGAGAAAUGGAUAACCGCAGCAAAGUCCCAACGCAGCGUCCGCACCUGUUCCGCUCACUGCGGAAAUCGGUCUCGUCGUUCUUCCGCUCUGCCGACAGCAGCCAAAAGUUAGUCAAUAGCCCACCAUCGUCUGAACGUGCACCUCCCUCGGCAGCUGGACUGCGACGGAGGCAGCGUUUCGAUAUUACUGAGCUACAGAAGGAAUCACGUGCACUGGCCGCCGCUCCUCCGUCGCCUCCAGCUGAGGCGGCUGUUAUACCUGCUCGUGGGAUCUCGACGAAGCUAAAGGCGCUUGUUCCCUCAGAGAUUGGCAACUUGACGGAUGCUGCGGACACGGAGCCCUUUCCCACCAUUCAACAACGUCGUUUAACGGGCUCAAAAUCCUCUCCCCUGCUCGCCACGGGCCAGCCAACCCCUGCGUUCCCUUCACCGGCGGCUUCUAUCGAAGAUGUGGUUAUCGACAAGCGAUUAACUCAGUUGCAGAGGACAGAUUCGCAGUCUUCUGGUAGUUUAAGGUCUUCACAGCCAUCUGCGUCUCACUCCCAAAGCGGGUCGGCACUUGCGCGAGUCGCGCAGUCGUCCGAUGAAGAUGUACCGGAGUCGCAGAGGAAGCGCAUGGCCACUCGCGUGCUCUGCUAUCAGGAUCCGGUCACAGGGCUGUGGGGAACUGUAGCACCCGCUGGAACAACUAUGGAGGGCACGGAGGACCUGGAGGCGAAAGAGCAGAUAUCUGCCCAAUUCCCAGCGCGCGAAGACAGCAUUCUACAUAUUGCGCCGGUAGAGGAUGCUUCCUUGGGACCCGAAAGCAAGGAAGUGUUCGAUCUGACAGUGGCCGUUGGUCAGAACCUGUUGCAACACUCAAGGGCCUCCACUCUCCCGACGCCCGUGGACCCACCGGCUGCACCACUCGACAUCGUGGUAAGAUCUGAGGGUCUUUCCAUCGAGCCAGCACCGCCGUCGCCGCCGCUCUACUCCCUCUAUCCCAACUCGCCUUUCGAAGCACUCCGAGACUCACCCACACGUCGCUCUACUGUAUACCGACUAUCUCGGUCACUAUCGAGGAGUCGACGAGCGUCGGUCGCCACCAAUGGAACGACGCGAAGCUCGCGCAAAAGCGUGCAUAAGGAGAGACGUCACAAACGUCGAAGCGUCCGUCAGACGAUAACUGACUUCGAUGGGACCCUCGUUCGAAGGAAAAGCUCCAGGGGUCGGUCAAAGCAUUCCAGAAUUGACUCCAAUGCGACACUGAUUAGGAGACAGAGUUCAAGGCGGAAGGCACGCAGACGUCCGACGAAACCCGAUCACAGGGCGAAGAAGGUCCGUCAGGCAUUGGCGAAUAUCUCGGCACUGGCCCGCAGACUGGCAAACCAAGGAAGCUUCAUGUCAGACGAGGAUGUGGCCGCCAUUCUGGGAGAAGCGAAUGUUCUCGACAGCAUCGCAACCUCUUUGCAAACGGAAACAAGGUGCAGCGAAGAUUCUCAACGAGGGGAUGCUGACGCGGCAUCAUCCCACGAUGAGCAGCACGACGAAGCAGGGGCUCGGAGUGACCCCGAAAGCGACGCCACCCUAGAGGUUUCCGAUGAGGAGAGUCGCCGCGAGACCAUUCUGGCACCAUCAUCUCCGUUCAGAGGCACGGUUAUCGAGGACUUCAUCAGCAACAAGGACUCCAGCUCGUUGAGAAGCAGCCAGAUCGAGAUCGACCGGCCACUUAGCGCCAGGGUCAGCACCCUCUCGAAAGUCGCCACUAGCACGCGAGGCUCAUCCGAGACCGUCAGCCGCGAAGGCGGUUCGUCGUCAAUUGCGUCGGGCGGUAGCACUGCGAACAAUCGCCCAGCUUCUACUCUCCGCAAUGGUUCGAUCACGUCGAAACGCUCGUCGUUCUCUGUGACCACUUCAUCGACCACUGACGCUGGUGCAAGUGAUUCGCGGAGGACCGCUGGUUUCCGCCGAAUCGUGCUACCUGGCAACGUCGUCAUUACCAAUGAGGAAAGACCAGUCAGCCUGGUUACACCUUCCUUGCCUUCGUUGCCUUCCCCUGCGUCACCGGCCUCCGACGGCGCGGAUUCUGAAAAGUCGAAGACGGUGUCAGAACGCCGAGAACUGUCAGCAAAGCGCACUCACAGCGGGCUGUCGGCCGCUUUUCGUAAAUGGGAAAACGCAAUCUCACGAUUGGGCAGCAAGACCGCCAACAACGUUGUACCGAACGCCGGAAAGGACGCCGCGGCUGCGAAAAACAUCCGCCACUCCCGAUCCAUCAUGUUCCUGCCCACGUUACCCUUCGAAUUCUCCAAAUCUUCCAAGGCGGCGGAACCCGCCGUCACAAGUGGCACAAACGGCAUUUACAUGUCAGCCUCCAAGCGACCCUUAGGUUCCAUCUCAUCCCCACACCUGCCACUGCACGCCUCUGCAUCCCACCAAAAUCUCACCACUCUCUACGCCGCGGGCAAGAACCCUUCCUCUCCAGCCCUUUCCGCGCUCACCUCCUCGCAGUCGAUCCGUCUCCCACCCGGCGCCAUACCACCUCCCGUCGCCGAGGAAGACGAAGACCACUUCUCCUCGGCAUCGGCAUCCAUGUCGGGGAGUAGCGGCUAUAGAUACCAAGCGGACCCGGCUAUGUCCACCGGCAGCAUGAGGUCAUCCCUGGCUCCCAGCGAGGCGAGCAGCAGUGCAUCGCUCCGUUUGGCGAAGAAGGGGAGGAUGCUGUUCUAG